CACAACCACCGCCGCCAUCUUUAUCAUCAGAAGAAGAGCUGGAGCGGUGUGCACCAUCAACACCGGUCCGCUCGACCCGAACUCUCCCUCUCACAGAAGACCGUGCUGCACGAACCACCCCGUCCCAGCAUGGCCAACCGGAACAUGCAACAUGGCAACAUGCAGAGCAGCAACUCUCCUCAAGCGGCCAAACGCGGGGCCGAGUCCCCGGCGUCCGCGGAACUGUCACCGGCGAACAAAGACAGCCCAGCUCCGCCGACGCAGCAGCAGCAGAGUCCCGCGGCCGAGCAAGCGGAAGGAGCCGGGGAGGGCAGCGGACAGGCUCCGGCAGAGAUGACGAGUUUCGAUAUCACGAGUUUUCGGAAGCCCGGCGAGAAGACGUUCACCCAGAGGUGUCGCCUCUUCGUCGGGAACCUGCCGCUCGACAUUCCCGAGGAGGAGUUCACGGGCAUGUUUGCUAAAUACGGGAAAGUGAACGAGGUGUUCAUCAACAGAGAGCGGGGCUUCGGCUUCGUGCGCCUGGAAACCCGGACGCUGGCAGAGAUUGCCAAAGCUGAGCUAGAUGGGACAAUUAUGAAUAACCGACCAAUCAGGAUCCGCUUUUCCACCCACGGCGCUGCCCUCGCCGUCCGCAACCUGCUGCCCGUGGUGACGAAUGAGCUGCUGGAGCAGGCGUUUUCUCAGUUCGGGCCGAUCGAACGGGCCAUUGUCGUGACGGACGACCGCGGGCAUCCCGUGGGGAGAGGCAUCGUGGAGUUCGCCAACAAAGCCGCUGCACGUAAGGCACUGGAGCGGUGCACGGAGGGAGCGCUGCUGCUGACCACCACACCUUGUCCAGUCAUUGUGGAGCCGUCGGAGCACUUCGAUGACGAGGACGGGCUUCCUGAAAAACUGCUGCAGAAGACUCCAAAAUACUACAAGGAACGGGAGCAGCCAGCACGUUGCGCCCAGCCGGGCACGUUUGAGUUUGAAUACUCGUCUCGCUGGAAAGCUCUGGACGAGAUGGAGAAGCAGCAGCGGGAGCAGGUGGACAGGAACAUCAGAGAGUCCAAGGAGAAGCUGGAGGCCGAGCUGGAGUCGGCGAAACACGAGCAUCAGCUCAUGAUGAUGAGACAAGAUCUAAUGAGACGUCAGGAGGAGCUGAGGAGACUGGAGGAGCUGAGGAACCAGGAGCUGCAGAGACGGAAGCAGAUAGAGAUGAGACACGAGGAGGAGAGGAGGAGGAGAGAGGAGGAGAUGAUGAGACACAGAGAACAGGACGACGUGCGACGACAACAACAACAACAACAACAACAACAACAACAACCAGACGGCUGCAAACCAAACUACGUGGAGAAUAGAGAACAGGAAAUGAGAGUGGGUGAGCUGGGCCCUCGUGGAGCCAUUAAUAUGGCAGAUGGAUAUAACCAGGCCUCUGCAGGGCCCGGUGGCAACCAGGGUCAAAUGAUGGGCAUGAGUGGAAGGGGAGGAGCCAUCGGCCCUGAAGGAAAUGCAAAUAUGGGCGCACCCUUGAUGUCAGAGAACGGAGCCAUGCGAAGCGACAGAUACCCGCCGCAGGGUGGAGCGAUGGGGGGCCGACCGGAUGUGGAGUCCCCGAAGCAGCAGCAGCAGCAGCAGCAGCAGCAGCAGCAGCAGCAGCAGCAGCAGCCAUUGGGCCCCCAGGUUGGAGCGGCCCCAGGAUUUGUCAGUGGGCAUCCAGUCGGGGACGUGUUCGAUGGGCCAAAUAACAAGCGUCGCAGAUACUAACCUCCCACGAUGCUCGUGGAUCUUUGUUACUGCCCCUGAUGAAUUUUUUUUUUACCCUGUUGUUGACCUACUCCUCCGCUCCCGGCGACUCGGACAGGUUUGCUGGAAAGAAAAGACACAUUUUUUUAAAGGUCCAGCGUGAAGGAUUUUUUGGAUCUUUUGGCAGAAAUGGAUCAUGGUAUUUUUGAUGAAGAUUUCAUAACUGUAUAAUCACCGGACAGUACGAACCCUUGUGGGGUUUUUUUGUUACCUUAAAAUGAGCCAUUUAUAUCGAUAGCCGGUCCACUUCCUCGUCGUAACGUUACACCGUUGUGUUUCUACAGUAGCCAAGAACAGACAAACCAAACUCUGACUCUAGAGAGAGAGAGGGUUUCGUGCUCUUUUUAAAUAGUAACUCAAGGACGCUGUUCAGUGGAAGUGUUACAUUUAUAAAAAAAAGAUUCGAAAAGCUCAAAUCUGAGAAAUGUUCCUGGCAGUCGACCGUCCUCAUAACAUCCACAUUCAGUCAUAUAAAGUGCGUCAAAGAUUUUGAUCUUGUUGCAUUUGACUGUGCUCCUCCCUUAAAGUAGAAUCAUCGUUGGUGAAAGUUGCAGCCUUUUCAUUCUGUAUUUGAUGAUCAAGAGAAAUAAAACAUUUGUAGGAA